AUGGGGGAGAUUGCUGAGAGCUGCAUUUCUAUGGCUCUCUUUGAUUUUUAUAAUUUUCCUACUCAUGCAAAUUAUACAACAAGACUCGAGCUUCACACCAUGGACUCCCAAAAUGAUGUUGUAAUUUCAGCAUCCUCAGCUAUUGAUGACUCAACUCAAGUUAAAGCCAUUGCUGCCAUUAUCCAAGCAUUUGAAUGGAAGGAAGUGGUUCUGAUAUACGAAGAUACUCAAUAUGGAAAAGGGGUUAUACCCUAUUUCAUUGAUGCCUUCCAGGAUAUUGAUGUUCGUGUGCUAUAUAGGAGUACUAUUCCUCUGGAUGCAAAUGAUGAUCAAAUAUUAAAAGAGCUUCAUAAAUUGACAACCGUGCAAACUAGGGUGUUCAUUGUCCAUAUGUCUUCUUCUGUUGGAUCUCGGCUUUUCAUCAAUGCAAACAAUGUAGGAUUGAUGAGCCAAGGUUAUGCUUGGAUUGUCACUGAUGGGUUAUCAAGUUUAUUGGCUUCAAUGGAUUCUAAUGUUAUUGAUUCAAUGCAAGGUGUGUUGGGUGUAAGACCAUACAUACCAAAGUCCAAACAGCUUGAAGAAUUUAAAGUCAGACGGAAAAGAAAGUUUUACUCAUCAAACAUAUCAAAUAGUGAAACAAUAUCUGAUCUGCCUAGUCUUUAUGGGAUAUGGGCAUAUGACACAGUUUGGGCACUAGCUAUGGCGGUAGAGCGAGUUGGAACAUUGGAUCCUCAGUUCUUGAGAAGCAGCUACACCACCAACAGUUUGACUGAUCUUUCAAGGAUCGGAUACUCACCAAUUGGCCCACGACUUCUCCAGACUAUCUUGAGUACUAGAUUUAAAGGCCUAAGUGGUGAUUUCCAGUUGGUUAAAGGACAAUUGAAAUCUUAUGCUUUCCAAAUAUUCAAUGUGAUUGGGGAAGGGGAGAGAGUGAUUGGAUAUUGGACCACAACUGUAGGCAUUUCAAAGAAGUUAGACACUGCAAAUAAGUUAAGAUCAAAUUCGACUAAUAUGAUGAGUAACCUCAAAGCUGUUGUAUGGCCAGGAGACUCCACAACCAAGCCAAAGGGUUGA